AUGUCGUUGAAUCUGGACAUGAACAACGCUACGAUGUUGAAGGAUGAGCAGGGUCGUCCUUUCAUCGUAGUAAGAGACCAGGGGAGGAAGAAGCGCCAGUAUGGCAACGAGGCUGUCAAAUCCCACAUUCUCGCCGCACGAACCGUAGCCAACAUCGUCAAGACCUCCCUUGGCCCCCGUGGUCUCGAUAAGAUUCUCAUUUCCCCCGACGGCGACAUUACCAUCACGAACGACGGCGCCACGAUUAUGCAACAAAUGGAGAUCAGCAACCACGUUGCCAAGUUACUCGUGGAGCUCUCCAAGUCGCAGGAUGAUGAAAUUGGUGAUGGCACUACCGGUGUAGUUGUUCUCGCCGGCGCAAUGCUGGAACAGGCUGCCGACCUCAUCGACAAGGGCAUCCACCCUAUCCGAAUCGCUGAUGGCUACGACCAGGCCUGUGACAUUGCUGUCGCUGAACUCGACAAAAUCUCGGACAAGAUUGAGUUCACAAAAGACGAGACCGCUAACCUGGUUAAAGUCGCGCGCACUUGUCUAGCUAGCAAGAUCGUGUCCAAGGCUCACGAUCAAUUUGCCAACAUGGCGGUCGACGCUGUUCUCUCGGUCGCCGACCUGGAGCGCAAGGACGUUGACUUUGAGCUGAUCAAGGUGGAUGGCAAGGUUGGUGGCUCGCUGGAGGAUUCGCUUCUUGUCAAGGGUGUUAUCGUCGACAAGGACUUCUCGCACCCACAGAUGCCCGACGAGGUCAAGGACGCCAAAAUUGCGAUCCUUACUUGUGCUUUCGAGCCUCCCAAGCCCAAGACCAAGCACCAUCUCGACAUCACGAGCGUUGAGGAAUUCAAGAAGCUACAGAACUACGAGAAGGAGAAAUUUAUCGAGAUGAUUCAGCAAAUAAAAGAUACGGGUGCCAAUCUUGCCAUCUGCCAGUGGGGUUUCGACGACGAGGCCAACCACUUGCUGCUACAGAACAAGCUGCCGGCUGUUCGCUGGGUCGGCGGCCCUGAGUUGGAGCUCAUCGCUAUUGCCACAAACGGACGCAUCGUCCCACGAUUCCAGGACCUCACGGCUGAGAAGCUGGGGUACGCGGGUGUUGUUCGGCAGAUGACGUUCGGCACGACGCGGGAGAAGAUGCUGGUCAUCGAAGAGUGCGCCAACACACGAGCCGUCACUGCCUUUGUGCGUGGAAGCAACAAGAUGCUCAUCGACGAGGCCAAGCGGUCGCUGCACGAUGCUCUUUGCGUUGUCCGCAACCUGGUCAGAGACAACCGCGUCGUUUACGGCGGUGGUGCGGCCGAGAUUGCUUGCUCUGUCGCCGUUGAGGAUGCCGCUGCCAAGACGGCUGGUCUCGAGCAGUACGCGAUGCGCGCAUUCUCCGAGGCCCUCGAUGCCGUUCCCAUGGCGCUGGCCGAGAACAGCGGCCUCAACCCUAUCUCGACACUAGCAGAAAUCAAGAGCCAGCAGGUCAAGGCUGGUCCUGGAAGCCGCGGCAAGCUCGGCGUGGACUGCAUGGGCCGCGGGAGCAACGACAUGAAGGAGGCCUUUGUUAUCGACCCCUUGAUCGGCAAGAAGCAGCAGCUGCAGCUGGCGACACAGCUGUGCCGCAUGGUGCUCAAGGUUAAUAACGUCAUUAUUGCCGGCGCGGACGAAAACGAAUGGUAA